AUGGCUGCGGCCAAGCUCAUGCUAGACAACAUCCAUCCCAAACUCUCCCAGGCCAGAUACGAUCACAAUACCUACGUCUUUGGGGAUAUCGAUGGUCACAAUGUAGUGAUUGCAUGCCUUCCGUUUGGCGACUACGGGACUACUUCCGCUGCAGUGGUGGCCGACCAGAUGUUAUGCACGUUUCGUUCCGUCCGCUUUGGGCUGAUGGUGGGAAUUGGAGGAGGAGUGCCGAAUGUAUCUGCAGAUGUCCGAUUGGGCGAUAUUGUGGUCAGCAAGCCAACAAAUACUUUCAAUGGCGUAGUACAGUAUGAUUUUGGCAAGACCAUCGCAGCUGGGCGGUUCGAACGGACAGGGGCCUUGAGCAAGCCACCACAUGUUCUUCUUACUGCAAUCUCGCACCUACAGUCUAACCAUAUUAUUGGAAUCAACGGUAUUUCCAACAUCAUUACAAAGGUGUUCACACAGUAUCCUGUCGCGGCUGCUACUUUUGGCUACCCUGGGCAACAGCACGAUCAGCUUUUCGUAUCCACAUACGAACAUGAAGUUUCUACUGCCGACUGUUCUCGGUGCGACAGAUCACAAUUGGUCUCCAGGCCUGUGCGGAACUCUAAAGACCCGCAAGUUCACUAUGGACUCAUUGCAUCUGCCAAUCAAGUGAUGAAACAUGGCGGGACGCGGGACCGAUUAGCAGAAGAACUCCAGAUUCUGUGCUUCGAGAUGGAGGCGGCAGGUUUAAUGGACCACUUUCCCUGCCUCGUUAUUCGAGGCAUCUGUGAUUAUUCAGACUCCCAUAAGAAUAAGCAAUGGCAGGGAUAUGCAGCCAUGGUGGCAGCUGCAUACGCAAAAGAACUAUUAUCGGAGACAUCGGGGAAUCACACUACGCAGCAGUGCAACCCAGUCAAUGAUAAGACAGAUAUACCCAAGUCUACACCCGCAGUCUCCACCUUCUCUCCUUCUAUAGAUAACACUAUACAGCAAGCUUGCAGCGCUUUAUUGUGUGAUAGUACAAAGCAUGCAGUGGUGGAGCUGGCACGUCAUCCGGAGACUGAAAUGCCAAAGAAACCUCUUGGAGAAGACGUUGUUGUCACACUCAGCAUUAUCCAUGGCCGUGGCCGCUCUCUGUAUGAGCAGGAGAAAUAUGAUUCUGCAGAACUGGCAUUCCGGGAGGCGGUAGAGGGGCGAGAGGAAGCACUUGGGAAAGAUGAUGUUGACACCCUCAACUCCAUCCACUGGCUUGGCCGUUCGCUAAGCAAACAAAGGAAAUACCAGGCGGCAGAGUCCCUGCUCCAGCAGGUAGUGGGAGGGCGUGAGAGAGCACUCGGGGAAAAACAUACAGAUACACUUACCUCCAUUCAACUACUUGGCUGCUCACUAUAUGGGCAGAAGAAGUAUUAUGCAGCAAGGCAGACGUUCCAAAGGGUGGCAGAUGCACGAGAAAAGGUCUACGGGAAGGAACAUUUGGAUACACUCGAGUCAAUUUACUGGCUUGGCCGUACACUGUAUAAGUCUCAGAAAUACAAGGUGGCGGAGCCACUAUUCCAAGAAGUGGUAGAAGGAAGGGAGAGAACACUGGGGAGAUUAUGCAAGGACACUUUGGAGUCGGCCCAAUGGCUUGGCCGCUCGCUAUACAAACAAGAAAAAUACAAGGCAGCGCGAACAACAUUCCGACUGGUAGCAGAAGGGAGAAAGGAAAUUCUUGGUAAAGAACAUGAAGACACGCAAAACGCCAUCAGGUGGCUUCAAGGCUCACAACGUUUACUCUUUUACUCUUCUAAUAACUCAUAG